AUGCUUGAGAGGAACCAGAUUGAAGUGGCAAUCCUAAAGAGUGACAUUGAAGGUGGGGAGCUUCCAGCAAGGGGGACUUGGAAGCGAGUGUCUCCGGAGGAAGUGUGUGUGGCUUUUCACAGCUUGUGCCGUGAGGCUCUGGAGCAGAGCCGUGCUGAGGAAGAGGACUGGAAGACAAGGAUCUUGAGCUGCCCAGUUCUGCUCACAGUCUUUGACUCGCUGCCGGCAGCACAAUGGCACGCGCAACAAAUUCGAGAAGAUUCCAACCAGCAGGCAUUCCUAGCACUGACAUCGGUGCAACGGAUCUUCGACUUCCAAAGAAGACGGCAAGAAAUCGGGUCCCAUGUGACGCCUGCAGAGAUGGAGCAACUCUAUAAGUCGAACUUGACAGUGUCAGGCAAGAGUGAGUCCAUCACAUCCAAUCUCAUCGCCUGUGCCCUGCGAGUAUGGGACCGUGCGUUCACGAUUGGGCGGGUGCAGAAAGUCAUCCUCGAGCAAGAAGCUCUCCAUACCGAGUCAGUGUUCCAGGGAACCAGUAAACUGGAUGGCAUCGUGAAGAAAUGUGCUUCAGAUGCAGAGAUCGAGUUCGUCUUUCUGCUGAUGGCGGACUUGCAAAAGCAGGGCUUGCUAACAGCUGAGCAAUGCACAUCACGUGCAUUGACGGGCACUGCAUCCACACACCACAAAGGAUUAGUAGACGUCUACAUCAUGAAGCACAAGAUUCGCACACAUUUGCUGGAGGAAUUCUUGCGGAAAACCUCGACCGGCUGGUCAGAGAAGGUGAUGCAGGAAGUGAAAGCGACCUGCCAGGACAUUGAGGUCUUCCGGAAGCGUCUUGGAAGCACGUCUUCCCAGGAAGUACUACCGGAUCUGGCAUGGAAGGCGGGCUUUCCAGCCUCAGCUGAUUGGUUCUUGGUCUUCGUGGAGGAAGCCGUCUACAAGACAAAGUACGACCCCCAGCUCAUGGCUGCGGUGCGGCAAAGCAAAUCAGUACAGGAUGUCCUGGAUGAUCAGAGUCAACCGCUUGCUGAGGAGCUUCGGGAAUUUGAGGAAUUGCUGAAGAAGGAGUUGCCACAGGCUUCGGUGGCAGAGACUCCACCACAGGAACAGGCCACUGAUCCAGCCGAGAGUGAGGCAGCAACUUCGGAGGCUUUCAAGAUGGUUAUGCAGGACAUCCUUCUCAAGCGGAACUCGGCCUCUCUGACGGAGGAAGCCACCGAGACCUUGAAGCUGGCCGAGCGGAAGUGCAGGGUCUUGUUGGACGCACAUGUUGAAUUACAUGUCAUGCCAGAAUCCAACAAAGACAUGUCGGAGCUCCUAUCCAAAUCCCCUGCAGCGUCGACUCGGGGUGACCAUCACUCGGGUUUGGUGAUGGUAUGGGUGGACUUAGCGCAGACGGGCGAACCCAUAACAGCUCCUCACACCAGGGUUUGCCCAAUGAACUCCGUCACCGUCAAGCGCUUUUGCAGCGGUGUUGUGAAAAGCCGCGACAACAGUCAGUGCAGCUUGCAUCCAGGAGAUCUGUGGUGUUUUUGGGAUUGCGGCCAGUUCAACUUGACCAAGGCCGUAG